GGCGGGAGGUGAGGAGAGAUCAGGGCUAGGCCUGGUUUGCCAGCCCCACUGGGCAGCCCCGCUCUGAUCUGAUUGGUUAUCUUUGGACAGUAUUCAAACCAAGGAGAGAAAAACUGUAGACUGGCUUUUAGGGCCACUUGAAUGACCCUUUAAGAGCGGAGGCUGUGUCCCACAGACAGUAGCAUCAUGAAUAUAUUUGAUCGGAAGAUCAACUUUGAUGCACUCUUUAAAUUUUCCCACAUAACCCCCUCGACACAGCAGCACCUGAAGAAGGUUUAUGCCAGUUUUGCCCUCUGUAUGUUUGUGGCGGCUGCGGGGGCCUAUGUCCAUGUGGUCACCCAUUUCAUUCAGGCUGGCCUGCUGUCUGCCUUGGGCUCUUUGGGGUUGAUGAUUUGGCUGAUGGCAACACCUCACAGCCAUGAAACUAAGCAAAAAAGACUGGGACUUCUGGCUGGAUUUGCUUUCCUUACAGGAGUUGGCCUGGGCCCUGCUCUGGACUUGUGCAUUGCCAUCAACCCCAGCAUCCUUCCCACUGCCUUCAUGGGCACAGCAAUGAUCUUCACCUGCUUUACCCUGAGUGCACUCUAUGCCAGGCGCCGUAGCUACCUCUUUCUAGGAGGUAUCUUGAUGUCGGCCAUGAGCCUGAUGCUCUUGUCUUCCCUGGGGAACCUUUUCUUCGGAUCUGUUUGGCUUUUCCAGGCAAACCUGUAUUUGGGGCUGGUGGUCAUGUGUGGCUUUGUCCUUUUUGAUACUCAACUCAUUAUUGAAAAGGCUGAAAAUGGAGAUAAAGAUUAUAUCUGGCACUGUGUUGACCUCUUCUUAGAUUUCGUAACUCUCUUCAGAAAGCUCAUGAUGAUCCUGGCUAUGAGUGAGAAGGUUAGCACCACCCGAAGAGGAAGGACUGGCUCCUGAGCUCAACAUCCAUGUGAUAAGAAGAAGAAGAAGUGAAGCAGCCAUCCAGCCUUCCCCAGUUUGACUUCCUCUCCCUCAGCCCCUCAUUUCCUCUUUGCACACAUUACAGGUGGCGUGUUCUGUGAUAAUGAAAAGCAUCAGAAAAGCUUUUGUACUUUGUGGUUUUCUCUAUUUUGAAUUUUUUGAUCCAAAAAACUGAUUAGAAUAUAGUUUGGAGUUUGGCUUCGCAUUCUGGGGUUUUUCCCCGCCCCCGUUUUCUGACAGCCCCCAUGCCCAGCCUCUUCCUCUGCUCAGGCAGCCAGCCCACCGUGAUAAGGAGCGGGGUCUGCAGCAAAGGCAAACUCCAAGAGUCCGCUCUCCGGCCAAGCUUCACCAAGUGGACCCAGACUGUUUGGUAAAGACGCCUCGGCCCUUCCUUCCUCAGCCGUGUUUGGUUUGUGCACAGUUCCUGUGGGACUGGGCAGUGUGUUUUCCACUGGAAAGACUGCUGGUCCCAUUGUUACUUGGGCUUAUUGUAUCUGAGCUGUCAGCCCCUACAAGGAAAACGAAAAGCCUCCUCUGGUGGAUGCUGAGCUUCCUCUGAGCUGCCCAAGUCACUGCUGGUCUGGCAAACACACCUUUCUGCCUUGCUAUCACAAAAGGAAUGUGGAUUUGUGUGUGUUCCCUUCCCAAUCCCUUAUCUGAUCCUCAGGGAAUCUGCCUGCUUUCCAUCCAUGGGGUGGGAGGAUUUCAGUACAAAGGGAAAUUCUUGUCAGGCAUUUAUGAAAGGCUGGUUAUGUAUGGCAAGAUAUGGAAAAUUCAAACUGUCCCAGUCUUUUUUUUUUUUGAUCACUAUCUUAAUUACUGAGUGGCCUCUAUUAGGUGACUAUGAUUAAGGAUCCCAGGAGAGGAAGGAUAAAAAAGGGGCAUGGUUGAGCCUCUAGGGUGAUUGUAACUAAUCCUGCCAGACAAACCCAGAUAAGGACCCGCUUGAGGCAGGAGAGAGCAAAAUCUCCACUAACUGCAUCUUUGUUCAGACCAGGGGAACCAGCUGUGAUGACUCCGGAGGCCGCGUUCAGAACAGUCCUUAGGUGCAUUUUUGUCUGAUCCCACCCAAGCACUAAUAAGUAGUGUCAGGCCAGAGAUUUGGGGCAGUCGAUAAAUGUCUGUUUUACAGAUGCACUUUUAGGUUUUGGUCUGUUCACCGGUUUCUAGAAAUCUGCAGCUGCCUUUAGGCAGGGGCCAGGUGACCAAACCUCUGGUUUCCUGCAACUUUGUGUUUGCAAGUGUCGGGGACAGUACUAACGGGGGUCACCAGCUCCUCCCCGAGAGCGGCCACAGUCAGCUGGCACAGAAGGGCAGGCAACCUUGGGAGUGGUGGUGUCUCUGGCUGUUCACAGAGUUUCAGCCUAAGGAGGGCUGGAGCCAUCGAAAACUCAGUGCUCGUAGGAUACCAUUUUUGGCUUUCCCUGUUCACAGCCAGUAUACAGUUUGACCCAGUGGCUGCUGGCUCACAGUGUACCACAUCACUGUACCCCAGGAGACAGUUGUGUUGGCAGGCUGUGUGGUUCCUGGAGUGGCAUGCCACCCGGAAGAAUGGCUGGCUUCUGCAGAGGAUACUGCUCUCUGAGCUGCUGUGCCCAGCCUGUCACUUGAGAAUUUACCAGAAGGGAUUUCCUUCCUAUCAACCCCCCACUAGCAACUCUCCAUAAAUUUGUUGAUUCUCUGCUAGGCCUGAGCAUCUGUUACAUCUCCUGAAGCCAAACUCCACCUCUUGUGCUUUUUUGCUUGGGAUUAAAGGAGUUUUUCUUUAGAAACAGUGCCAAGAAUGACAAGAUAUAAAAAACUACUUUUAAAGAAAAUGCCUAACAGGUUUUUAAUACAGUAAUCACUGUAGUUAUCACUUUCUUUUCUAGUUCCUUGGUUUUCAGCUCAGGCUGCAUUCUCUAACUCAUACUGUGAAGACAAAGGUGUUUUUGAUUCAGAAAUAUAUGAAAUCUACAUAGUCUUAAUUUGUAAAAAAUAAAGAAAAUUCCUUAACCUUU